AUGAGCAGCAAUCAACAAUAUAGUAGCAAGAUAGAGCGUCGAUUGCUUGAGUCUCCUCGGUCUGGGACAGAUGACAACAUCGCCCAUUUCCAACCCAUCCACGACCACGGCCGUUCCUUUUCCGUCUCUAUGGACUCGGAAAAGCCACCGUCAAAUCAUACUCCCGCCGCUGGGAGACGCUCGCUUGAUCUGCGAGAAAGAAACGGUUAUAUUGUCCUGAACGAAGACGAUUGCUACGAUCAUUUGGCAUUUUGCUUCCCAGGCUGGAAAAAAUGGAUGAUCAUCUCGGUCAUCUUCCUGGUCCAGACCUCGAUGAACUUCAACACCAGCUUGUAUUCGAAUGCCAUCGGAGGUAUUUCAGAACAAUUUGGUGUCAGUCUCCAGGCUGCACGCUGUGGUGCUAUGACCUACCUAGUGACUUAUGCAUUUGGCUGCGAGCUGUGGGCACCCUGGAGUGAGGAGCUAGGGCGCAAGCCUAUUUUACAAGUCAGCAUGCUCCUCACAAAUAUUUGGCAGAUCCCUGUUGCUCUUGCACCGAAUUUUGCGACUAUCAUGGUUGGGAGGGCAUUUGGUGGUCUCAGUCUAGCUGGCGGCUCAGUUACACUGGGAAUGAUAGCAGACUUGUGGGAGCCAGAGCAUCAACACUACGCAGUAGCAUCUGUGUUGAUCUUUGGUGGAUUUGUUCAAAUUUGCCACCUGCUGCUUGUUCCUGAAACCCGGACUACUAUCAUGAUCAAUAACUACGCUAAGGAACAGCGCAAGGCAACUGGGCUUAAUGUCUGUGGGCCUGAUGAAUUCCAGCCCUUCAAAGAACGGUUUUCUUUGAGCCAGAUCCUUCUCACCUGGAUACGCCCAUUCAAGAUGCUGGUAACAGAGCCCAUAGUGUUGACCUUGUCCCUGCUCAGUGGCUUCAGCGAUGCUCUAAUCUUCAUGUUUAUUCAAUCUUUUAGCCUCGUCUACGGGCAGUGGGGCUUCAGUACUGUUGCUGUAAGCCUUUCCUUUAUCCCCAUAUUAGUGGGCUAUAUCAUUGCCUGGCUCAGCAUGUACCCAGUAUUGCACAGGAAUUCCACCAAGAGAAAGAAGAAUCCUGAUGAUGAACAUGUGCAAUAUGAAUCCCGGCUCUGGUGGCUACUCUACACAGCCCCUUGCCUCCCCAUAGGCCUGAUUGGCUUUGCAUGGACGAGUCUAGGGCCCCCGGUCCACUGGAUGGGAAGCAUGGUGUUCGCAGCUAUCGUUGGCAUUGGGAACUAUACCAUCUAUAUGACCACCAUCGACUACAUGGUUUGCGCGUACGGUCCUUAUUCUGCUUCCGCCACUGGUGGAAAUGGCUUUGCAAGAGACAUACUCGCAGGUGCUCUCACUGUGCCGGCCACACCAUUUUUCAGCAAUAUCGGUGCCCCGGAUCGUAAUCUCGAAUACGCAUCUACCAUUCUCUUCUGCAUCUCCUGUCUUCUCGUGGUUUCCGUCUACGUGAUCUAUUGGAAAGGACCGGUGAUGCGCAGAAAAUCACCAUUCGCUCAGCAAUUGUCCGACGCUCGGAAGGAAAGUGCCAGCCGUCGCGCUUCCAUGGUCUACUCCGGAUCGAGACCCCAGUCUCACAGGCCCAGUACUAGAGCGAAUACUGGUGUGGGCCAAUGA